ACGAUGUCAACAAACGAAGCCGAUGUCCCAUGCAGCGGUCCCUGCCGCAAGCGGUUCCGUCCGGAAACUGUCAACAUGAACGAAGCCGCGGCCAACGCGCUGCUUACAUCCGCAGAGUCCGGCCUGUUCUGGUUCUGCCCGGAAUGCCGCUGUCAGCUGCGUUUGGUUUUCCCGCGGCCAGCACCGGUGGAUCACAGCGAGUUCUACCUCCCGCCGGAGCUGUGGCUGAUGAUCUUCCAGUUGUUGGACGAGCAAUCUCUGCUGCAGGUCCGGUUGACGUGCCCCCGGUGGAAGCGCAUCGUCGAUCAGAACCGCUCACUGCGUGAGGCAUUUACCGUUCAGAUUAAGGGUGCGGUUUUGGAUGGAGGGAACUCGCCGCAGCAUCUCUAUCCGGUGUCGCGUGCCUUCCUGGACGAUUCAAGGAUUAUCGCCGUUGAUUCGUGGUGGCCCUCGUUCGGCGCCAGGUUAACCGUUCUGGACCUGUUUAAUUGUGAGGUGGCUCUACCGAACCUGCUAGGACUGCUCCGCCAGACUCCGAAUCUCACGAAUUUGUUUCUGGAACACAUACGGUACACUUCGGUGGAGGAGACCAUCAGCGCGGAUUUCCGGCUGGAAAAGAUGCAGUAUCUCGACUCCGAAACGGUUUUCGAAUUUUUUGGGCACAUUUUUCCACGACUGUUCAAGUUCACGAAGAACUUUCCGCACGAAGAAGGGGAAGAUGUCAAAAUGUGUCAAUUCCUGAGACCGAUUCAGUGCUAUAUACAGAAACUAACUUGUCCCCUCACAUCGACGAUGGUGGACCAAAUGGCCGAAAUGAGCGAGCUUCACCUGAAUUCCGUGAAUAACCGUAGUGAGGACGAUUCGUCAGUAAAACUUAGCCGGAUUCAGCCAUCCAUAGAGGAGCUUACCACAAUUUCUACGGACGUCAACCUCUGUGAAAUUGGAUCAAACCUUAAGUAUCUCAAGUACAUCGCAGUGUUCGUACCACAAUCGUCGGAUGAUAUCGCAUUUGUGCCUUCGUUCCUGACCAAAAUGAAAAUGCUGAAAGAGUUAACCCUGAUAGCAUGCAAGGGACACCGUCUUGACUUUGGUGGGUUCAAAAGUCUCAGCUUGAGAGGUUUGCUUAUUGAGUCAAUGUGCAUUCAGAGCCUCAGCAUGCAAGUUUUCCUAUCAAACUGCUCCAACAUUCAGGAUCUACAACUUGUUGACUGCUCACUGUCCAAUUGGACCGAUUUGUUCGCAACCAAAUGGUCCUCGUUGCGCUGCUUGAAGUUGUUCAAAAUUGACGCUCCUCAAACCGAGCUUAAACCGAACCUCAAACCGAUUCCCUACUUGAACGAACUGAACAUUUCGAACUGUAACAUUCCCGCGGAAAUGCUGAAACAGUUGGUUGAGCGCUGUCCCAGCUUGACAAGUCUCAAGUUGGGCGAAAUGGACACGGUCGUCGACAACAUUGUGUACAGUCUGGUUUUGCUGCCGCAGCUGAAGAAGUUGACCAUCUACAGCUGCCCUUUCAUCACCGACUGUUUCGUGGGCGUGCUCGUGAUUCGAAACCCGCGCUGGCACGUAAACAUCGAGGAUUGCCUGCAGAUCUCGGAAGCCGCCCGGAAGCGGCUCGGCCAGCUAGGACACUAGGUGUUGCUU